AUGUACGGAGCAGUGAGAACAACAUUCCUCUUCCUCGCCUUGCUGACGCUGCUGUUGCUGUUUCCGCUUUUCAGUGCAUUUCCUGUCGUUGCCGCAAUCUUCCAAAGCUUUUCGUUCUCGCCGGCGCCGAUGCUAAUUAGUUUUCUCAUCUGGAUUCUAACAGUGGAGCCGGUAGGUCCUGAAUUUAGCAUCGGAGAUGAUGAUUAA